AUGUCCGACUCGGACGACUCGUGGGACAUCCCGGAGGAGGGAACGUUCGCGAGGGUGGACAGCGAGGCGAUCGCCGCGGCGGAGGCGAAAGCGGCGGCGGAGGAGCGCGCGCGGGCGAAGCGCGAGGCGGACGCCAGAAAAGACGCGGAGGCGAAGGCGGCGGAGGCGAAGGCGAGGGAGGAGGAACGCGAGGAGCGCGACUCCGAGCCGCUCAUCCUCGUGGACAUCACCGCGCUGGACCCGAGCGUGCACAACAAGCACGACAAGAACGCGGUGAACGACGUCGACAAGGCGUCCAAGUGGAGGCGGACGAUCGAGGCUGACUUCAGGAAGUACUCGAGCGACGCGACGCUCGUCGCGAACGGGACCGUGCGCGCGUGCUCGCGGGGGGUGUACCUCCCCGCGCUGCAGCAGCUGAGGGAGGACGUCCCCGGGCAUUACUGGGUCGCGGUGUUUCCCCCGGCGUCGUCGUAG